AUGCGAGUCACACUCACCUUGGCACUCGCCCUAGCCAUGUUUGGACUGGCUAAACGAGAGGCCCGGGGGUUGGGCGAUUCAUUUUUGCAGGAGCGCAGCGGUUUUGCGGACAAUGCCGGAGCUGUGGUAGAAGAAGCGAAUUCAUGGAUGCUGCAGGCUUUGCAAAAGAAAGAACACCACUCAAAUGACCUGAUUGUCAGCGAGACCGAUAAUGCAGCAGAGCUGCCUACCCUCCGUAAUGUCUCUGGACCCGCGUCGAAACACCAAGAAUCUGCACCACAUCAAGGGGCGCGAACCGUUGGUGCUCCUGACCGCUGCAGUCCAGAGGCUCGAGCCGCGAACUGGCCAGAGAAAGAUGUCACGCUGCACGAGGUGUUCAGGCGGGAGUGGCACACAAUGGAGUGA